AUGAUUGCUGACACAUUGUGCAACAGAAAGGCAAGGGUAUGGCCUCAGGUAUCGAAGCUGUCCUGGGAAUUCACUGACAGCCCCGCUAGCCAGAACUCUUCGGAGAGUCACCUUUUGCUCUGCCUUUACAGGAGAUUUGUACAUCUCAGGGUGCACAGGGGUGACAUUAGCCUCCAGCUCAAAGAAGUAACGCCAUCCACCAUGAAACCAAGGCACAGUAGGCUGAACCGCGACCCAUACGAGAUUGCCGCCAUGGCGCGCAUUGUCAUACAUCUGCUCCAUUGCGCGCAGCUAUAUGAUAUCUACGUUAGGUAUAUGAGCUAUAUCAAAGACUGAAAUUUUAGAGCUGGGAAUCAGGCUUCAUGGAAGGCUAGAUGGAACGGUUGAGCGAACGGGAGGCUUAAUGGAGCUCGUCCACGAAAUCAAGAUGUCCGUCAGAAAAUAAAAAAAAUUGUAUUGAUUAAAAUAAUGGAAAAUGUAUUUGGUGCCAAGUGAAAAGCUAUGAAGCGAUGCCCAC